AUGAGAAGGAAAAGUCGAUCACUAUUCUCAUUAAUAUUUGGUCCUUCAUUUCGACAAGUGCGCAAUACUAGUGGGUCAUUUAUUGGUAUUGCCAGUGUACGCCAUGCGCUUAUUAUAAUCUUUUUGGAAUAUUUUGCUUGGGGUUUGUUAACUGUGCCUGUUAUCAAUGUACUUGCAAAUACAUUUCCGGCAAAUAAAUUUUUGAUGAAUGGUCUUAUUCUUGGUGUUAAAGGUUUUUUGUCAUUCCUUAGCGCUCCACUUAUUGGAGCACUUUCUGACACGUGGGGACGGCGAUCAUUUCUUCUGCUUACUGUUUUCUUUACUUGUAUGCCGAUUCCUUGUUUGAUGAUCAGUCCGUGGUGGUAUUUUGCAUUAUUUUCCAUCAGCGGAUUGUUCUCCGUAACAUUCAGUGUUGUUUUGGCUUAUGUUGCUGAUAUAACAGAACAAUCAGAUAGAUCCGCUGCAUAUGGUCUCGUUUCUGCAACAUUCGCUGCAUCAUUAGUCACUUCGCCUGCACUUGGAGCAUAUAUAUCUGAAAAAUGGAAUGAUGAAGCAGUAGUUUUACUGGCUUCUAUUAUCGCAAUUUUUGAUGUUGUUUUUAUUAUUACGUUGGUGCCUGAAUCGUUGUCAAUAAAGAUGCGAUUUUCUUUCGAUUCGUUUUACUGGCACGCCGCUGACCCUUUUGCGAGUUUACGAAUUAUUUGGGAAGAUCGUAUCGUCUUGCAACUGGCAGCAAUAGUACUACUUAGUUACUUGCCUGAAGCGGGCCAAUUCUCCUGUUUUUUUGUUUAUUUAAAACUUGUGGUCGGUUUUUCACCUGAAUCAGUUGCGGCUUUCAUUGCUCUCGUCGGCAUUUUAUCGGUAUUCGCUCAAACAGGUGUUCUCUCGCUACUCACCAAUUCUUUUGGCACAAAAUAUACCAUCACAUUAGGAUUAUGUUUUCAAUUCGCUCAACUUCUAUGGUAUGGACUGGGUACAAAAAUCUGGAUGAUGUGGGCAGCUGGUUUACUUGCUGCAAUGAGUCAGUUAACUUAUCCAUCAAUAAGUGCUUUCGUUAGCAUUCAAAGUGAUCAUGAUAAACAAGGUACAGUUCAGGGUGUGAUAACUGGCAUACGUGGAUUGUGUCAAGGGCUGGGCCCAGCAUUGUUUGGUCUUAUUUUUUACCAUUUUAAUAUGGAUUUGGAAACUGAUAAUGAUGAUACUGGGCAUUUUGGGAUAGCGCCAUUUCCUGCUCCACGAAUUAGGCCACAACAGAUUAUAUGGCCACGUAAAAACAUAACAUCUACAAUACGACCGCAGUUUAAUAAUCAUUUUGUGCCUGGACCUCCAUUUCUAUUUGGAGCUCUUCUAGUAUUAAUCGCUUUGUUCAUUAGUUCGUCUUUGCCCAGAGUUAACUCAGUGCAUCUUCGUUCAUCGCGACGCACACCAUCUCACAGCAGGCAAUCAUCCGCUGAUACUGCGACUCUUAUUCAAGGAUCAUCCUGA